ACGCGUCUCUUUCGGCUCCCUUACGCGACACUGGGCACUAGCUGUUGGGAUCCCUGUGGUCGUGGGCGAUCUGCUGCAGGAACCAUGCACUUCCUACUUGGACUACCCCUUUUCUUUUGUAUGUGUAGCUGUUUUCAUGGCCAGGGACAAAAGAAAGACCGCACGGAAGAAGUGAAAAUAGAAGUUUUGCAUCGUCCAGAAAACUGCACUAAAACAAGCAGAAAGGGAGACCUGCUAAAUGCCCAUUAUGACGGCUACUUGGCUAAAGACGGCACGAAGUUCUACUGCAGUCGGACACAAAAUGAAGGCCACCCCAAAUGGUUUGUUCUUGGUGUUGGGCAAGUCAUAGAGGGUCUAGACAUUGCCAUGAUGGAUAUGUGCCCUGGAGAGAAGAGAAAAGUGAUUAUACCUCCUUCAUUUGCAUAUGGGAAAGAAGGCUAUGCAGAAGGCAAGAUUCCACCUGAUGCAACGUUGAUAUUUGAGAUUGAACUGUAUGCUGUGACCAAAGGACCACGGAGCAUUGAAACGUUUAAAGAGAUAGACAUGGACAAGGACAAGCAACUCUCUAAAGCUGAGAUAGAUCAGUACUUACGAAAGGACUUUGAAAAAGAUGAGAAGCCACGUGACAAGUCGUAUCAGAAUGCAGUUUUAGAAGACAUCUUUAAGAAGAAUGACCACAAUGGAGAUGGCUUCAUUUCUCCCAAGGAAUACAAUAUAUACCAACAUGAUGAGCUAUAGCACAAUUUUAUUUCUAUAUCUUUUAGCAUCUUACUGUACUUUAUAUAGAAAGCAAAGUCACUUUUCUCCAAGCUCUAUUUUCUCGUUUUCCCCUAUGAAAAGGUAUUUGUUUCCCUCAAUAGGUGUAAUUUUGUAUAAUAAAUGUAAAGCUAUUUUGCAAAUUUAA